GUUCGGAAUUGCCCCCGCGUGUUUCCUUCCCGCGCACGUCUGGCUAGCUGGAAGUUGGUCAUGGUCGUCCGCCAAACGGAAAGCCGCCAUGAUGGCUUUCUGUAAAGUACGCUCAAUAUGUAAAGUUUCGUUAUUGUUUUUCAUUAAUUGUGACUGAGUGCGUGCAAAAAUUAACCAUGGGAACGAACUAGAGUGUGCAAAGUGUAGUUUAAGGUCCUUUGGGACCUCCUGGAGGAGCUAUAAAGUGAUUUAUAAGUGCAUUUUAGUGUCGACGCUAGCGUGUUUUGUUCUGUCAACAAAAUGUCGAAGCUCUCGUUUAGGGCGAGGGCCCUGGAUGCGUCGAAACCAAUGCCUAUAUAUCUCGCCGAGGAGCUUCCGGAUUUACCGGACUACUCGGCGAUUAACCGUGCUGUACCUCAAAUGCCCUCUGGAAUGGAAAAAGAGGAAGAAAGUGAGCAUCACCUCCAGAGGGCGAUAUCGGGCACCGGGCUCAUCAUACCCACGCCGGAGGUGUGCGAGGUCAGCGACCUCGAGUUCUACGAGCGAUGCUACCCGCCCGACUACAAGAUGCCCAAGCAGCAUAUACAUAUGCAGCCGCUUUGGGAGGAGCAGGAGGCGCCUGAGUACGACAUCGAUUCUGAGGAUGAACGCUGGCUCAAGCAGCAACGGCACCCCGAGCUGAACGAGUGGAAGUUCGAGCAAAUGAUGGACAAGCUCGAGAGAAGCUCCGGCCAGACGGUGGUGACGCUGCACGAGGCGAAGUUGUUGCUGGAGAGGCACGAUGAUCUGGUGACGGCGGUGUACGACUAUUGGCUGAACAAGCGGCUGACCACGCAACACGCGCUUAUUCUAUCCGUGAAGACCGAGAGUCGGCCGGGCCAAUCGUCGAAUAACCCCUACCUCGCGUUCAGGCGGCGCACCGAGAAGAUGCAGACCAGGAAGAACAGGAAAAACGACGAAAGUUCCUAUGAGAAAAUGCUGAAACUACGCCGCGACCUAGCGCGGGCGUUGAGCCUCCUAGAGCUGGUGGCUCGACGCGAGAACGCUAAACGGGAACUGGUAAAGCUCACCGCACACCUGGCCGAGCGACGGCACGCCGCGAGAGACUAUCACCACCAUCUACUACCAGAACCGCCUAGAACAUCGUACGCGGGCAGUACAACGGCCGUCACUUUCAGAGCAUACGCUGCACAUCGACCCCCGACGCCGCCCGAUCCUACAAGACAGCGUGAGAAGAGGCCCUACAAGCGGCGCAAGUACCGUCACGCCGUCACCGUCGCGCCGCUACCAGAAAUCGGUGGCGUGGCGUCUUCGUCGGAAGAGGAGAUGGCUGACGACGGACCUUUCGCGUUCAGACGGAAACCUGGUUGCUAUUACGAAAUGCCCACGUCGACUCUGUGCGGAGACCCCCUGGAGGAUGAGAAGGCUUCCGGUGGAGCCCUCUACCAACAUGAACUCGACGAGAGGCAUAGGUUCACACUAACCUCGAUACGGGAGCCAUACCCCCGUUGUAUAGGAUUUGCUCGAAGAAGACUUUGUCGCGGAGGCAGGGUUGCCUUAGAUCGAAUACGGACCCCACUACAAGAUCUAUGGCCCACGCUACCGUACCGUACGAGAACAGAAUUACAGGACGACAUUGAAAGCAAAGCACACCGGACACCCAAAGAGAUAACACACGAUUACCACACAGGUGGUAAAUAUCCAUGGAGGCAUUCGUUCAGACAACAUUUAGCCAAAAAUCCUCACCUGUGGACGGAACCGGACAUUAAACCCGUCAAAAUGGACAUUGACAUCAAAACUGAACCGGAAUUCAUCAAUUCAGAAGACCUCAAACAUCUAAAAUACAACGAAGACUGCAGAAUAUCAACGGAUACAAAAAUAUUAGACACGGAAUGCAAAUCGACAGAGUUUAAGUGUAAUAACAGUGAUGAGUGUAGACAUUCAAUGGAUAGAAAGUUUGCGAGUGACGAUAAGUUUACGGACUGCAGUGUUAAAAGUGUUUGUGGUGUUAGUGAUAGUGAUAAAGCUCGGACUAUAGACUGUAACGUUAGGGACAAUCUUCGGAGGGUGAUGAGGAAACGGUCGUGGAGCGGUUGUAGCGAUGCCAGCUAUGAAUCCGAUGAUAGUUUACAACCUGUCGAGAGAGAGUUUGAGAAGUUUAUCAACGAGGUUAAUGAGAAGUGGUUACAUUUCCGACCGAAAACGCCACCGCCCGCCCCACCGUCACCGGAAUACGAUCCCACUGAACAAACACCGUUAACACCCAACGAACCCAUCACCGUUGAACUCAGAACCGAACUGCCAACCUCCGGCCUGGAAACCUUCACCACCAGCGAGUUCACUUUAGCAGACCUAUACGGUGACAUAAACCCUGAAGAAAAAGACAUUAAAGACAACAAAGACAUCAGCUUAGACGGCAGCGGUGACGAUUUGAACAACUUCACCGGUUUAACCGAAGACCAGGUGGAGAGCAUUCUAUCCGAGGCCGAUCUGAAAGCUUUGGCCGAUGUGGAUUUGACAAAGGAAGUGGUGGUGAAAGGAGAAGAUUUCCUAGAUAGUUUUUUAUCGCAAAGCCAGGGCGUAGAAGGGCGCGCUUGUCCUGGCAAGCGUAAAGCUGGGGCUCGGAAUUCGGCGUUUAACAGUUACAACUGCGGCAGUAGCGUAGUCAAAGUAUUGCAGCCGCGGCCGGUCAAAUUGUACGUGGAUCUGGCUAAGCCAAUACCGGUGAAUGUUGAAGAGAUUAAAACGCCCGAAAUAACGGCUAAGAUUACGCCGACGCCCCGGCCCGCUUCUGUUAAGGCCGCGGCCGCGCCCAAAAUCAAGGUGGUGGAAACACCAGUGCCUACUUCCAAGAUAAUAGUGGAGGAGGUCAACGAAGUGCCACAAGCAACGCCCCCAACGGUCCACGUCAAACUGGAGAGGAAGCGAAGCGAAGCGAAACCGCCGGAGGAAGUCAAAGAGACCGCCGCACUACCUCAGCAGAAGGCCAGCAUAAAACAUUCGCCGUACAAGAGGCAUGUGAUCACGUCGGCAGCGGUCACCCAUCCCAGGUCGGACGAUGCGCCGCACCCGCAGAUAUUGACUGUCUCCGUGUCGGAUAGCUUGAAGGUUCGCCUACAAAACCAUCUGGUGUCGUCUCCGACGAGUGUUUUGGUACAGAACGGGCCAUUCCCGCCCGUCGCUGUCCUGCCCAUACACCAAUCUGGCCAUAAAGGUACAGUGACCGUAUCGACGACCCCAGUCAGUGCCCCAUCGGCCCGGCCCGCGGGGCGUGGGGCACUGCAGCUGCACGCGCCGCUCGUGGUGGCGCCGCACCACCACCACCUGCCCCACAACAAGCUCAAAGUGCUCCACGCCCACCCGUUGACCCAAGCCCAGCGAGCGCAGCUGUUAGGGCGCAGUGCCGGUGUCCCCGGCGUGGUGUCGCUGUCCCCCAUGGGGGACAACAAGCCCGUACUCAAGCAGCCCCCCCUCACACAACUGAUCGAGAUCAAGGCCGCGCAACUGGGGAAGACCGGUCACCUCGUGAACGUAGUACGGGGCAGCACCACCUCCCUCCCCCCCGGCGCGGUCCGGGCGGGGGCGGGGGCGGGGGCGGGGGAGUCGGCCGUCCCCAGGGGGGGAAACGCCCUCCCCCAGUCUGCAACCCCUCGAGCGCAUCGGGUCAGCUUGUCUCUGGACGCGAGGCAUCUGGUCAGAGCUGCCAUACCAACGCCUAGGGCUCAGAUUCAACUAAAGAAUCGCACGGUGCAAGUGUCCGCCGCGGGAGUGUCCACGUUGUCGGGGCUGACGGGCAACGCGUCAUGCUCGAAGACGGGGCUGCCUUCCGCCGUAGUCGCCAGCCUGGUGCAGAAGGGCGCUACCCCAACAGUCCCCGUGGCCACAGCUAGGGGUGUCGCGGCCAACUUACAAGCGAUAGCAUUCACCGCGCCGCAUCUACGGGCGCGGCAACCCUGCCAGCGACCGCCUCACAACAACGAGCUGACAGAAACGGGUUCGGUUCCCGUACAAAGCGCCACAGAACCGCUCGAGGCAGACGAAGAGGCCGUACGGAGGAGGGACUCUCUCCCGAUGGAGGUCACGUGACAACCCGCCACUCUACAUAUCCACCGCCAGGGGGACGCAGCGACCUCAUCAUCUGCGAGACAAGCCACUCAAGAUAUCGAACUAAAGGCUAGAAACACCAGCCUCCAAGUUGGCCAAAGUGGAAAGGUCGAAAGGGUUCUUUACAAUAUUGUGUCUGCGAUGAAAUCUGCACACGAUAUCGAAGAUAAGUCUAAAAUUAACGUUGAAAGGGUCCAGAGUGAUACCCACCGCCAAGGGGACGCGGUGUCUGUGAGCAAAGCGAGCCAGGAUACGAAAGAUAUGGCUAAAAAUAGCAGCCUUGAUGUUGGUCAAAGUGCAACGGCUGAUAGAGUCCAGAGUUAUUCUGUCUCUGCGAUAAAACCUACUGAGGAUAUCGAGGAAACGACAAAAAACUGCAUCCUCAAACUCCAGCAGCGAGAGAACAAUGUGUUUAAGAUUAAAUCUACCGAGGAUAUUAAUGAUAAGGCUAAAUAUAGCUGCCUGAAAGCCGGCCAGUCUGCAAAGGUUGAAAGAGUCGAAAGACAAGCAGAUUUGAAAGUCUUACGUAUUAGAGAUGACGGUCUGCAUAAAAUAACUGGAAAUUGUCUCAAAAAUUACAUUGAAAUGUGUGGAAAUUCAUCUAAAAAUCAUCCGGAGAAAGGCUGCGAAUUGAAAAACAACUGUACAUACAAGAGAGACGGUAGACAGAAAGAGGAGCAGAAUAAUGAACGCUUGACAGAGUUCAAUGAACCCAAAAACAGCGAAACGCAAGGGGGCAAUGACCUAAAUGUCAAUGACCACACCAGCACCAAAAAGGUUGAUGACCCUAAAGUCGAUGACCUUUUAAGCCAUACAGAAGUUUGUACCAAAGAUUCUAAACUUUCUACCGAAGAGAGAAACAAAACUGAUAUGCAGAAUAAACUUUUUGCACCCAAAAGAGACUCUUACCUUUCCACUGAUAAGCCAUCAAUAUCCUACAAACAUCGGCAGAUCAACCAAGACAAUGCAACAACUUCUAAUGAAAUGUUUGAAGAUAGUCGUGAUAGUGAAAUAUCUCCUCUGGAUGUAGCUCGGCCCGUUCUAGUGUUCUAGCAGUGACAAUGUGAUAGUGACACAGUUUAAGUGACACAUAUAUAGUGAAAUUUGGUGAAGACAAACGGAGAUUCUGUGUGUUGGUGUAACGAAGGAAACUGGAGGAUUUGCUUGUUUCGUCAUCUUUGUUAAAGUAAAAUGUGUCUCAAUUUCAAUCGAUAGAUUCUUGUAAACUUAUAAACUAGACUCCUGCAGAAGUGUCUCCUUUUCAUUCUCUGAUAUAGUGUGAAAAAGUAUAUACUGCCGUCACAAUUGGUUUUAAGCCUUAUAAAAAGAUUUUGAAUCCGUAGGAACAUUUUAUUUGUAAUUUAUUUAAUUUUAUUACUGCUGAAUGCAAAAUAAAUAUGUACAAUUAGGACGGAGUUCUGCCGUCCUCAAGCUAAAACCCGGCUAAAUGACACAACCAACUUUUGAGAUAUGGGCAAAAAACGGCUCGUAAACUUAAAAUCAUUGCUUUUUUGUAACCAUUCAGCACCUCACGGAUUUUAAGACUUAAACUAUAAAAGAUACAAAUACUUGUUAAAAGACAGAUUGAUAGAGUAUUAAAAACUAUAUAAGAUGCAAUUUAGGGCUGAAAAAUCCACCACAUGUCACUUUAGUUUGAGGAUGGCAGAGUUGGUUAGCCACUUUUAGGUUCUAAAUAAAUGCUAUGGCGUUAAAUAAUAUUCUCAUUGUUGAGAUUUAACUUGUGCCCGCAUUAUAGGUCGUAGUAAACUUUUUAGCGAAACCACAAACGAAGAAACUUGAGCAGUAAACGAUUUUGUCUGUAAAAUUGCUAUUGUGCAGUCUCCCUUGUCUAUGGUCAUUGUUCAAAAUGUUUGUCGGCAUGUAUAGGUACCUAAAAGUAGCAUAUUUUAUUCAAUUAAACUCCUGUACAAUGCCAUUUUAAAAACCACUUGUGUUAAAAAAAAUGUCUAUCAUAUUAUGUUAAACAUCAAAUAAAAUUUAUUCAAUUAGAGUUCUAGAUAAUUCGACAAACUUUUGCAUAAUGUGGCUGUAUAUCUUUGUCGCAUAAAUAUGUUUAAAAUCUAAAAACAUUGUUUGAAAAUGCAGUUCUUAAAAACUUCUUUGAGCAACACACAGACGAAGCAAACUCCACAAUUAUAAUGUAAAUAAUUCAACUGAUGGUAAACCCAAGGCAUUUCUGUAAAUGCAAAAAUGUGAUAUUAAAACAAAUGUUAAAAAAAACCACACUUCGAUUUUAUUUUCAAGGAAACGGACCGUACCGCCUUCGCCAUUUUGAGAGUGCGGCACGACAAAAUGGCCGCCAUCCGCCAUUUUCCUCGGUUUGACUUUUAAACAAAUGAAAAACUGGACUAUGUUACUUAUAAUAUGUUAAUUUUAAUGUAGACAAAAAUGAAAUUACAAGGAAUUUUAAUAAGUAAGCUAUUAUAAUUUUGUAGUUUAUUGAGAUGUGUAUCCAAUACAAUAGCUGUAGAUGGCGGGAUGGUAAUUGCAUCGUAUUGUUUAUUACUAUUUAAUCAUUAUUAGUGUCUUAAUAUUAAUAUUUUGUAAAACAAGCUUGGCGUUUCUUAGGGAAGAAAUUGAAGUUAUUUCUUUCAAAAUUUAAUGAUUUCUUUGUUAAAUUUAAUAGCAUAGCAUAGGUGUAAAUUCUGUCAUGAUUCUGUAAACCUAAAAUCAAAAUUGACAACAGUGUAUCCUUGUCAUUCUUUAUACAGAAUGAAAAGGAGAGACUGAUGUUAAAUUUAAGUUUUAAGUUGAAAGAAUCAUGCCCCAGUCGACACCAAUGUAGAUAUUUAUAUCGUUUGAAAUCAAAAUCAAAAUUGCUUUAUUCAAAAUGGAUAUUUAAUACAACUCUUUCGAAUCGUCCAAAUAUGUUUUCCUUACAUUCAGAACAUUUUUUAACUCGAGUUAUUUUUAACACAUAAGUAAUAUAGAAAUGGCCUCUUUUAACGGUAAGAACAAUGUUCUUUAGUAUUAAAUAAAACUAGUUUUAACGGUUUAAUGCACGAAACUUUAUUUAUUUAUUGACGUUUCGCAGCCUUUUCAGGUCUGCAUCGUCAGAAUAAUGAUUUUUUAUUUAAUUUUGUCGAGCUACCUUCGAAAGACUUUAAUUGAGCGUUUGGUUAUUUCAUUAUUACAUUUUUUCUUUCUUUCUUUAGUAUUGUUAUACGAUGCAAUAUACCAGAAACCUCUUUUUACAGUCAUCUUAAUACGCCCGCAUUGAUAAAGCGUAAUUUUUUGUGGCUGUGACAUUAUGUAGUUAUUUCAAUCGCUAAAUGGGGGAACGUCAGACGUGACAGUCAAAGUUGAAAAUCUUCAUUUAAAUUGGAAGUUUAAUAGAUAGAUAGGUAAUGCCUUUAUUUGUAUCAUACCGACUCAUAUCCGUUUAAAAAUUAUGUAAUAAUCCAAUAAUUUCUAUUAUUUCUUCACACAUUGAGUUCAGUAAUUGUUUUAGCUGUUGAUUUACAUGUAUACAUAUGUAAUUCUGAAAAAUAUAAUAGUUUUUGUCAAAGAUUUUAUAUAAAUUUUAUGUCGCACAACUUUCUAAUAAUACUAAUUGAAAUAAAAAAAAAUAACACUUAAGCAAUUACCUUUUCCAAUAUGAAUUAAUAUGAGAAGAAACGGCAAAUUUUAUAAAUAUUAUAGAUUGACCAUUAUAGUCCUUAUUGGAUUAGAUAUAAAGACGAUAUUUCCGUACAUGACUGGCGUCACCCCAUAUUCUUUAAGCAAAACGUAGGGUCUGCUAUGCGGUCUAGUACUCACAUUGAUUUAUCACAAAACGUUGACUAAAAUUAUCAAGCAAAAAUAUGCUGUCACCUCCCUUUGCAUAAAACUUCAAAGACAGCUUUAAAUUUCAAUGUACACAUAGAGAAGUGACUGAGUGAUAUUCGUAUGAAAUUGAAAUCUCUAGAAAGACAGAAAAACAUAGCUAAUACAUAUACUAUCACUAGCUUUCGCCCGCGACUUCCUCUGCGUUAUGCGUGAUUGAAUAAUAAACAUUUAUAUAUUAAUAGGAUGGGCCGCACGAUCGCUUCAUCUCUCUCACACUUACAGUUUGUUAACCUCACGUCAACGCUCAAUCCAUUCUCUUAUAUCUAUUGGUUUAAACCAAGUCUAACUUUUAGUCCACGUUUUAUGAGAAUCAAAUUAAAGUUGACCUUUGGAUAUAUCGUGAUGUUGAAUUUUCAUAAAUCCUUACUCAAACUUACUAAUGGCUAAUUUACACUAGGUCGUGUGCACGAAAGACAUUACUCGAAUUCGGGCACCCGAAGCAAUAUUCACACUGGAUUACGGGCUGGGAGACGGUUUCGGGCAAAUAAAAUGAGAUCUACCCGAAUUCGAGCGUACUCGACUCCGUUGAUUUACACUAAGGCACGUAUUACAGUACCCUGAGUACGAGUUUGAGGUCACGAAAACUAUCAUAGUUUUCGUAAUUGUAAAUUAUGUUUCUAUGUCCAUUUUGGUGAAAAGUAACCAAAUAUAUUAAACAUUUGAGAAGAUGCAAAUGAUUUAAUGAUGGAAUUUAAACACUGUCUAUUUGUAUUGAAACGAAAACAAUAAAAUCAGUACCCUUAGUACGAGUCAUAUUAAGUCACGAAAAUUAUCAUAGUUUUCGUAAUUCACAGUUAGAAAGGGAUGUCGCUAUGUGCAGAGGCGGCGUAAGGCGUGGGCGACGUGGCCCACCGUCUACGGCAUCGCGCCUAAAAAAUGUUUAUGCAUUGCUUAAAAGCGAAUUUCUUUUUUUUUUAUGACGACCUCCGUGGCCGAGUGGUUUGUACGCCGGGUUUCAUGGUGUCGCCGACUCGAGAGGUCCCGGGUUCGAAUCCCGGUGGGGGCAGAUGUUUGUGUGAUGAAUACGAGCAUUUGUACUCCAGUCAUGGAUGUUUAAUAUGUAUUUCUAUAUAAAUAUACUUAUAUAUGUACAGUAUAUGUAUUCUAUCCGUUACCCUAGUAUCACAUAACACAAGCCUUAUAGUGCUUACUUUGGGGCUAGGCUAAUUGGUGUGUGUGUUGGAAAUAUUUAUUAUUAUUAUUUAUUAUUACAAUAAAAACUGCUAUCCGAAUUGUAUAAAAAUGUAUAAUAAGUUACCACGCUUGAUAACGGAGCUUAGUUUAAAGCGUGUUUGGGUGAAGAUAGGUAGGUAAUAGUUCGCUUGUACUUAUCUGCGGUGCAGUCAGGAGGCGGCGUAAACAAUAAGUCCAGCACUCAACAGUAAACAGUUUAUUUGCACGAGCACAGAAUAGAAGGAGUACAGAGCACAGUCAGUGAUAAACAAGCACAGAGGAAGAAAGGAAAAGCACAGUCAAAGCAAACGUAAACAAAACAAUAAUAACACGGUUAGGGGCUAGCAAGCGCGGAGCAAUUUAGCGUGCGUACGGUGUCAAGUAUAGGUUCCGACUGUCG